AUGCACAUAUUAGAUUCCACUUUUAAAUUCUUAAUUAUUUGCGGUUGUUGGCGGCCGGAUUCUUGGACGUCAUCAUGUAAACGCGUAAUAUACCAUAUGCAUACAGUUUUCAUACUUGUGUUAAUAAAUACCUUUACCCUAUCACAAUUAUUGGAUAUUAUUCUUACCGUGGAUAAUCCUGACGACUUCACCGAUAAUUUUUACAUGUUACUCGCGAUGAUCGUUUCUUGUUGUAAGAUGCUUAGUAUGUUGAUGAAUCGCAAAAAUAUCGCAAUAUUGACCAACAUUCUCACGGAAAAGCCCUGUAAGCCAUUGGAAUCAAAUGAAAUGGAAAUAUAUCACAAAUUUGAUAAGGGUGUGCAGGCAAACACGAUACAUUACGCUAUUCUGGUUGAGACAACUUGUGUAUGCAUCACAUUGACAUCAUUAUUAACGGACUUCAGGAAACGAAUGCUGACAUUUAGAGCCUGGCUACCAUAUGAUUAUUCAUUGCCAUUUUUAUAUUAUAUUACGUAUGCUCAUCAGUUGAUAAGUUUGAUAAUGGGAUCCGUUCUUCAUGUCGCUUGCGAUGGUCUUAUUUGUGGACUAUUGGUGCACAUUUGUUGUCAGAUCAAGAUACUAGAAUCUCGAUUGAGAAGAAUAGCACGCGAGCCUGAUAUCUUACACGAUUGUAUCCUGCAACAUAAUCGUAUUUUCGAUCUUGCUUUUGCGGUCAAUGAGAAGUUCAGAUUCACUAUUACUAUUCAGUUUGUAGUAAGCACAUUGGUGGUGUGCUUUAAUCUAUAUCAAUUAACCAGAACGACAACAACGAAAGCAAAGUAUAUUCAAUUGGCAUUGUACAUGUGUAGUAUGCUGACGCAAAUCUUUUUUUAUUGCUGGUAUGGAAAUGAAGUAAAAUUAAAGAGCCGACAACUCAUCCAUAAUAUUUUUGAAAUAAAAUGGUAUAUGUUGGACCAGAAUGUAAAGAAAGCUUUGUUAUUGAUUAUGAGACGUAGUACAAUGCCAAUCGAAUUCACCAGCGCUUACAUCAUCUCUAUGAAUCUUGAUUCUUUCGUAGGUUUACUUAAAACUUCAUAUUCAGCUUUCAACAUAUUGCAGCAAGUAUAGGAAAGACAAUAUAUUGGGUA